AUGUUGGCAGCAGCAGUGUUCUGCAUUUGGGAAGAGUGGACAUACUUCACAAGCAUAUACUUCUUUUUCAUUUCGUGUAGCACGAUAGGUCUUGGUGACGUGACUCCAGCCCAUCCGGAAUACAUGAUCGCCACGUUUGGGGUGGUGAUGGUUGGUCUUUCGCUGGUAUCCGUCUGCAUAGACGUGGUGAAAGAGAAGCUCGAGCUCAUGUACAUGGCUUUGCUCAAGAAAAUGCUACAGGAUUACAUGGAAGCAGUUAAAAACGGCGAUCCUAACGCCGCAGCUGGAAUGAUGGCCGGAUUUCAAGAAAGGGCAAAAUUUCUGAUGCCCUUAAUCAGCAAAGGUCAAGGAGCAAGGGUGAUGUCGCGCUUCAGAGAAGACUGCUCUGCAAAGGGUAUCGAACCGCCGGCUGUCUUGGUGGAUCUGGAUCCGAAUACAGGAAUGCCUGCAUUUGCAAAUGCUGCUAAAGAAGAUUUCAAAGAGUUCAUUGAAAACGCAGUAGAAAGAAGAGCCGACGAGGAGAAGAAGGAGCUGAUGCGAUAUACUCAGCUUCUAGAGAAAAGUGAGGUAAGUUACGAGGCUUAA